GCCUCAACCAACAAGCCCAUACUACCAAAACUGAAAUGGCUGCAACCUCAUCUUCCAGACUUUUCUUCUUAGCCCUCUCCCUCCUUGCUUGCUUUCCCUUCUGCAGCUGCCAUUGUAGUGUAAGUAAUAAAAAUGCAGAGGGUGGGAUGAUGAAAGGGAUGUUUGUGUUUGGAAGCUCCUUGGUUGACAAUGGCAACAAUAACUUCUUGCCAAACUCUCUGGCCAGAGCUGAUUUCUUGCCCUAUGGAAUUGAUUUUCCUCUUGGGCCUUCUGGAAGGUUCACAAAUGGCAGAAAUGUUAUUGACCUUCUUGGUGGCCAUCUUAAGCUACCUUCCUUAAUCCCAGCUUUUGCUGACCCCAAAACUAGAGGAAGCAAGAUUGUUCAUGGUGUCAACUUUGCUUCUGGUGCUUCUGGUAUACUAGAUGAUACUGGCUCCUUAGCGGGCCACGUGAUCAAUCUGAACCAGCAAAUUAGAAACUUUGAGGAGAUAACGUUGCCAGAGUUAGAAACCCAACUAGGGUGCAGAAGCCCUCAGUCACUUCCCAACUACUUGUUUGUGGUGGGAACUGGUGGAAACGAUUACUCAUUCAACUACUUUCUGAGGAGCUCCAACCAAAAUGUCAGUCUGGAAAUUUUUACUGCCAAUCUAACCGCCUCUUUGUCCAGACAACUAAAGAAGUUGCACAGUUUGGGAGCUCGAAAAUUUGUUGUGAUGUCAGUAAAUCCACUUGGGUGCAGUCCAGUGAUGAGGAUGAACAGACCAACACACAAUGGCUGUGUACAAAUUAUGAACCGGGCAGCUCACCUUUUCAAUUCUCACUUGAAGUCUUUGGUGGAUGUGAUUAGGGCAGAGAUGCCUGGCUCUUCUCUUGUAUUUGUCAACUCCUACAAGAUCAUCAGGGACAUUAUCAAAAACCCUAUCUCCAAAGGUAUAUAUGCAGAUCUCUCUUGGCCCCUUCACAUUAAACAAUGGAGAAGAAGAGGAUUCUUAAUUAUCUGUUUUAACAAUAUAUCCCUGAAUAAUAGGGUGGUCCGGCCUUAA